AUGAAACCUAUACAGAUCAGCAGCAUUUCAAACAAUGUCAAAGUGAGUGAAGAACUCAAAGAAGAAGAUGUAGAAUUUGUUAUGACAGAAUUACAAGCAAUGGACAACAAUUUACAAUUACAUGCGUUGAUUUACAUUAGAAAUGCACUUCAAAAACCAUAUGCUGGCGAGCUAAUUACAAAAUUCCCUGAUAUUUUCGUAUUUAUAGUAGGCCUCGCAAGAGAUGGAGAUACAGAUGAUAUUCGUGGUUAUGCAAUUGAAGAUAUAGCAUUAUCAAUUAAGCUACCAGAUUGUCCUACACGCGCACUUGAAAAAACACCUCAUUUUUGCGAUGCUUUACUAAAUUAUUUACAAAAUAACGCUCCAUGGAUUGAAUACACGAUAGCAAUCAUUUCGUUUUUGUUUGAUUUUGAAGAGUGCAGAGAAACAUUUCUUUCGCAAAAUAUAAUUCAAAUUUUAGCCGAAAAUCAAUUUGCAGUCGAUGUUUCACCAAUAAUUUCCCAAAUUUUCCGUUUUUAUGAGAUUACACCAGAAGUUUGUUCAUUGAUUCCAAUAAUUUACCAAGAAUUAGAAAUUGAAAACAACAUCACAAUUGCAAACGCAUUAUCAGCGCUUACAUCAUUAAUACAGAAGCUAUCUUACGAUGAAAACCUUGCCCAAUCAGUAAAUAUUAAUAUUGAUGAAAUUCAUUCAAAAAUCUUACAACUUUUAUCAUCAGAUGACAAAACAAUACAGUCAUCAGCAUUUAGAACAUUAGAGGUACUAGGAGUAGUCACAGAAGCUGAUGUUAAUGCUUGCUGCCUUUGUUUGAAUUCAAAUGAUUCAGCAACAUAUGCAAGCAGGUAUUUAGAGAAGUGCGCUUCAUUAUGGGCUGAGACAUACAGUGAUUUGAUUACAAAAGCAGUUGUUGAUAACCUAGAUAAUUACAAUUUUUCAACAAAACGACAAGUUCUUAAAUUAUUAAAUAUCACAGCUCCAUAUAUAACUGACAUUAAUGAGAGCCUUCCAAAUAUUUUCGGAACUUAUUUGUCUGAUAAAUUAAUUGGCAGACAACUUAUCAAAGGUUUGUACCAAUUAUGUACUAGAAUAGCUUCUAAUGGUGAUGGCCAUUGGUUCUUCUCUUCUCUUGAAGAUUAUUUAGAUGAUAUUGAAAGUUAUACUGAAGAUAAGAAUCAAUCCGUGGCAGAAUGUGCAUCACAUAUCAUAGAGUUUAUUGCUAAUCAAUAA